AAAGCUUAAUUAAAAUCAACAAGCACUGCUGCCCUUUGUUUAUAAGCACUUACAAUAAGAUAGAAAAGAAAACCAGAGAGAGAGAGAGAGAGAAUAAGCCAUCAUUUGAAAGCAAAAGCAAAAGCGUGAGAAGAGAGAGAAGCAGAAGAGAAGAUAGGUGAAGAUCGGAAUUCGAGGAAGGUGAAGGAGGGUUUUUGUUGCGGGUUGAGGAAGAAGAAGGAGGAGAAGGAGACGAUGCAGACAAUCGAGCAGGUAGUACAGCAACCCAACCACCAGCUAAUGGUGCAGAACUCGGGGAGCUUAAGCUUUAGCAGCCAAAUGUCCAAGGAAGAUGAGGAAAUGUCGAGGUCUGCUCUCUUGACUUUCAGAGCAAAAGAAGAAGAGAUAGAGAGGAAGAAGCUUGAGGUCAGAGAGAGAGUUCAGGCUCAGUUGGGUCGAGUUGAGGAAGAAACAAAACGCCUGGCCAUGAUUCGUGAGGAGCUUGAAGCUCUUGCAGAUCCCAUGAGAAAGGAAGUUGCUCUGGUUCGAAAGAAGAUCGAUUCGGUGAACAAGGAAUUAAAGCCGUUAGGGCAUACAGUCCAAAAGAAGGAAAAGGAAUACAAGGACGCCCUCGAUGCAUUCAACGAAAAGAACAAGGAAAAAGUACAGUUAAUCACCAAACUAAUGGAGUUGGUGAGCGAAAGUGAGCGAUUGAGGAUGAAGAAGCUGGAGGAGCUGAGUAAGAACAUAGAUUCGAUACACUGAUGAGGAUUAUAAAGAUAGAGCCUAGUUCUGAUCAACUGAUUAGGCUGUGUGAUGUAUUUAAUUGUGACUUCUUUUGAUAUAUUUAUGUGGGUGUUUUGGGUUGGGUUUGGUGUAAUUCUAUGGUUAUCUUCUGUUUGUGGAUUAUUUUAGCUGAUUUAGGAAAAGGGAAAUACCCUUAUAAACAGGUUUGUAACUAAAUCUACCUUGACUCUGUUUUCUUCUCAUUUUUUGUUCUUCCUAAUCAAUUUCUAUGCUUUCUUUUCUUUAA